CUGAGCUAGUAGAAACAAGCUGCUUACAACAUCAGUAGACUCGAGAUAAACAAAGACCACUAAUCGAGUAAAAGAUCCAAAGUGUCGUGAGAACUGCAUAGAAUCACGUCAAAAUAGAGGGACGUUUGGCACAUAUACUAUUUCGUUAUUAUUUCUUGACGUAUUGUACAUGAUGUGAACGUCUCAUUCUUAAGCUAUGCGCUACUCUACUACUCCCUAAUGAUGAAGUAUGGAGUUGGAAAAUAUUGUUGCAAAUACGGUGUAUAUAAAGGCUAAACGAAGUGGAGCUGAUAGAGACAAAGGUCGAAGCAGAAAGUGGAAAACAUUACUAGCCUUCCCUCACAUAUCUAAUUGUUUAUACUUGAAGAAAUGUUUAGAUUUGAGUUAUGAUUUUAUUGUGGAGCAGCAGCCGAUUGGAAAGAGACUGUUUCGGUUGUUCUGUAGGAGCAAUAAUUUCAUUUCGGAUGUCGUUGAUUUUGUGGAUUCUAUUAACACAUUUGCGGUGUGCAUUCCCAACGAACGUCAAAAGAUUGGGUUGGAAAUCUACCGCAGGUUUCUUUCAGACAUGAGUGGCAAAAGGUUCCAUCAGCUUGGAAACAUUGACGAUAACUCAGUGCUAAAUGCUCUAGAGGAACCCAAUGACGCUUAUCCUGACAAAGAACUCUUUCGUUCAAUCCUCAAGAUCCUUGAAGAUUUCUUACGAAAUUCACCAUUUUCUGAAUUUCUAAAUUCAGUCUACUUUAAUCGCUAUCUUCAAUGGAAAUGGCUAGAAAAAACACCAGUCACCAAGCACACCUUUCGAAUGUACCGAGUCUUAGGCAAAGGGGGAUUUGGAGAGGUGUGUGCCUGUCAAGUUCGGGCGACUGGGAAGUUAUACGCUUGCAAGAAAAUGGAGAAGAAACGCAUGAAAAAACGUCAUGCAGAAAAUAUGGCCAUGAUGGAAAAGGAAACAUUACAGCGAGUCAAUUCUCGCUUUGUGGUUUGUUAACUUUUAACUGAUUGUAUUUUUUCCUAGUUUGGUUAGAAACUCAUCAUGCCAUUCUAUUCACCAAGUAUUAUUUGCACUGAGUAAUUACUUGGAGUUACUUUUCACUUUUUCUUUUAUGUCCAAAACUAACAAAGUAUUUCGGUUUCCUAAUCAUAACAUUUUGAGUGUGUGUGUGUGUUAAACUUCAACAUGAUUGGCACUAGUGUCGUUUUUGACCGUAAUAAUUUAAUUCAUUUACUAGGUAUACUUCUAUAUUUACUGUUUUGAACCAUUCUAUGUAAGGGGUAAUAACAAUGUUAAGCUCCACAACCAAAACCAAGUAAGGUAGGGUUUGAACAUGAAACUUGCUUCUUGAAGCUGAGUUCCCUGACUAAUAAGCCACUAUACUGUUCAAUAACAUCACGAAUCACUGAGUUUCAUGAUUUGACUAUCCAGUGUAUAAAGUUGUGAUAUACCAAUACAUACGAACCCAGAACAUGCUUUUCAUUCUCCGACUUCACAUCAUAAACUGACCUCUCCACUUCUGUCCUAUUUCCAGAGCUAGCAAACACUGUCCAACAGUUGGUAGAUCAUGCUUAGAAGUUUUCCCAAGCCACUAAACCUUGUUUCAAGGUAACAUUAUGGAUUUACGGGUGAUCUACAUCAUUUCCAAACAAAUUUCUCAAUAUCAGCAUUACUUACUUGACACUGGCACCUUAUUUGGGAAAUCCCCUAAAAGGAAAGACGAUCAAACUUAAAGAGUUUUUUUAACGUCCUCAGGUUAGUGUGACCACGUUCAUAAAUCUAACAGGACUGUUCGCUUUGCAGCACGAUGUGCCUGGAGAUUCAUGGUCAGGCUAACGUCACGGCGAUGCCAGUAGUGACUAACAUUGGCAUAAGCUGGUCUAGAUUUCGCGACCGAUCUCGAUUAUCAAGUCAUUACCAGCACUCACACAACUACCCAUGCACAUAAACUUCCCGAAUUACUUCCGGCAUCUCACCACCAGGGCUAAGGGGCAAUACAGGUUCCUAUCUGUUUUAUAAAAACUUUACACGAUGUUGGUACAGUUUGAUUUCCAAUGCAGUUUAACACUCAAGUAUAGGUCCUUAUAAUCAGGUUUCGGUCAUCCAUUUCUUAGUAAACAGAAUGCACCCAUUAAGACAUUAAAUAAGAAAGAUUAGUUCAGCGAAGAGUUCUCUUUUCGGCGAAUUCAUUUUCGAAGCUGUACAAUCGCAUAUAUAUAUAUAUAUAUAUAUAUAUAUAUAUAUAUAUAUACUCAUUUUUACAUGGUGAUAAUAAUACUGAUAAUAAACUUCUGUUAGACAUGGUGACAGUGAGGUCAAAUAAACAAAGGUAUUAAAAUGUUUUUUAUAAAGCAAGGAAAGUUUAAUGAUCUUUUGAUUGUUAAUGGCUUAAGUAUUCAUCAAAAAAUAGAUAGGGAAAUUAUCUAUGGAAACAGAUGGCUCAGCAUGAUAAGGUAAAAUGUUGGAAUUGAGAUUAAAUGUAAUCCAUUUCUGUUUGAGGGCUACUGACUACUUGACUGUCUUAACUAAAGUAAGUGAGGCGAGGUUUGACCCAGAAAAUUAGCUAUAGGAAGGAAAGUGUUAUAAUUACCUAGCUGCUAUUCAAUAAUCACAGUGUAUAUUAUAAUUACCCACAAAAAUCUCCAACACAGUUAAUACAUUUUGAGAAACCUGUAUCUUACGGUUUGGUAAAAUCAUACUAUCUUUACGCUUAAUGAUAAAAGUAGUUCUCCACGUAGUAGAUUUGUAGUAGAUCUGGCUCCCAAAUGCCCUGGUAUGGCCGAGAGUGGGAAGAGUCAGCUCUCCCUCUCGAAAUGCUCUCACAUGGCCACGUGCAUACAACUACUGCUAGGGCAGUCCUAUUCACAGCCUUCCCACGGCAUUACUGUUGUUUACGAAAUCGAGGGGACGAAAAGAGAAUGUCCGGCCCUUUAGCCGGGUUUAUGGACACUGAGAGUUCACCUACGAAAGCAACAAUGGCGACUUUAGGAUUAAAACAUUUGGCUUUCAAUCGUUGAAUCACAGAUUCUUCUGACCUUGCUUCACCUACUCCAUUUUAGGCAGUUGAGUAAUAUCUUUAACCCUUACGCUUGAUUUGAGGCUCAAAGCUAAAUAUUUGAAUAUGCACAUAGUAAGUUAUAUAUCGAAACAACAAAAGCUGGAAAUAUAGACAUGAUAUUGAUUAAUACAUUAUCAUCACUAUUCUACUAAAACAAAUCAUUUUCAGUCAAAGCAGACGUACAUUUUCACACGUUUGCUUCAUAAUCUCAUCCUGUUUAUUAUUAUUAUUAUUAUUAUUAUUAUUAUUAUUGCUGAUGUAUUCAGGUCAAUCUGGCGUAUACAUUUGAAACUAAAGAUGCUUUGUGCCUAGUUCUUACAAUUAUGAACGGUGGUGAUCUAAAAUUUCAUAUACACAAUAUGAAUAAUGGCAGUGGUUUCAAUGAGAAUCGAGCAAGAUUUUAUGCCGCGGAAAUCACUUUAGGUUUACAACAUAUGCAUACACAAAAUAUUGUUUAUCGUGAUUUAAAACCAGAAAACAUUUUAAUUGAUGAUCAAGGACAUGUUAGAAUUUCGGAUCUUGGCUUGGCCGUAUAUAUUGAACCUGGCGGUACAGCUAAAGGAAGAGUUGGAACAGCUGGUUAUAUGGCACCUGAAGUAGUCAUGAAUACACGUUAUACAUUCAGUCCCGAUUGGUUUGGAUUAGGUUGUAUUGUUUAUGAAAUGAUUAUGGGACAAGCACCGUUUCGUCGACGUAAAGAACGUAUUCGACGUGAAGAAGUUGAUCGUCGUGUAUGUGAGGAUACAGAAGAAUAUAAUUAUAAAUUUUCAGAUAAUUCAAAAAGAUUUUGUCAGUCUCUUUUACAAAAAGAUCCACAUUGUCGACUUGGUUGCGAUGAUGCUGGUCCCGAAGGUGUUAAACAUCACAACUGGUUUUCCUGUAUCAAUUGGGUACGUUUAGAGGCUGGACUUGAGGAUGCACCAUUUCUUCCUGAUCCUCAUGCAGUUUACGCAAAGGAUGUUUUAGAUAUUGAACAGUUCUCUACAAUUAAAGGUGUUACUUUAGACAAUAAAGAUAUGGAGUUUUAUAAAAAGUUUUGUUCUGGUGCUGUCAGUAUACCAUGGCAGAAUGAAAUGUUAGAAACUGGUUGUUUCGAUGAUCUAAAUGAAUUUUAUAAAUCUGAUGGAACUUUAGUAGAUAAUUUAAAUCCAGAUACUCCACCUGUUCAACAAAACUCCACUCAUAGUCAAAGUUUUUUCAGUAGAUUGUUUAAGCGUAAACACCGACCUCAUGGUCCGCCUAUCGAUGAUAAUCAACCAAUAAUUAAUAAUAAUAACCCAGUAGACAUUGAAGAACAAAUAACAACAAGUGGUGUUUCAUCGGGAUUAGAAAAGCUUAAUAAAUCUGGUUUAUCAAGUGCUGAAACCAAGUUUUCAAGUAAAGAACAUUCAUUUAAACAAGAAAAUAUUGUUAAAUCCGAUUGUUUAACAUCUAUAUCAAUUAAUACACAAUGUACUCAGAAUGAUAUAAGGAAUGAUGAUUUUCUUACUACAAAAACACCAAUAUCUAUAACAACUAAUAGUCAUUAUAGUGUGGAUUCUAGCGCUGUAUCUCAUAAAAUUAUCAAUUCAAAGCAUCAACGUCCACAUUUUUGUACUUGUUUCUCAGCUCUAUGCUGUUCUCGUACGAAAUAAUUUCUAUGUGGCUUUUGAUUUUUUUUUUGAUAGACAAAAAUCAUUGUCUUCAUCUGUAUGUUUAGAAGUCUACUGUUAAUCAAUUAUCUUCUGUAUUGAAUUAACUAUAUUCAACUGUUAAAUGAAUCAGUUAUCUUCUAAUAUUUCCUGUUACUUUUCUAUUUUCCCAAAAAAAGGGGGGCAUCCUUUUUAAUGAUGGAUCGAAUUUCCUCCUAUUUAUGGCAUUUAUAUAUUUCGAAUAACCUUAACUUCUAGAUCAUCAUCAAUGAGAAUUUUUACAGUUUUCAAACAAAAAUUCACUUCAAAUUUUGUAAUUUUAUUCAAAUUCAAUCCAUUUUGUUUCAUAUGACAGACCGCAUUUUUAUUGGUAAGUGUACAAUUAAGCAAGAAAAUGAAACAAUAUAAUAAUUGGUCUUUCUUAUUUUUAUUUUAUGAUUAUUAUUAUUAAGGAUGAUGAUAGGCAUAUUGUGUUACUUAUCUGCUUACUUGCUUAUUUGUUCGCUUCCUUAUGUUUAUUUGUAUAAAUUUAUCUUAUAAAUAAUUAGCGCCUGAUCCUAUCUGUCCUAUUUAUUUACAAAUCAAUUUUAAUCUCCAAAAAAGUUGUUUUAUUUAUUUCUGUUUUGUAAACACUAUUUAAUUUGUCUACUUAAUGUAGAAUCCAUUUCAACUUUGAACAGUUACAUAUGUCUGAUGACCUACAUUUUAAUUUAAUGCAAAAACAAACAGUUAUUAUUUUUCUUUUGUUGGCAAUAUUUACAUUACUGCAAUCCUAGAUUAUUCAGACUUCCGUCUUAAUUUUUUUUUUUUUGGAAUUUUAUUUUCUACCUUUUCAUCAAACUUAAACCAACUGAUAGACCGAUUAAUCAACCAGUCAAUUAAUAAGAUGUAUUUCAAUUUGUUUUCAUUUGUUUCUUGAACAUUGAACUGAACAGAGGCAAUCCACCUUGAUAUUUUCUUUCUACUUCUUCAUAAAUGUAUGUCAUACACACAUACAUAUGGAAAUGUUAAUCUUAACUUUUGAUUUGUAAUAAUUUUUGCUCUAUUUGGUUGUAUGCUGUCUGUUACAGUAUUACUGACUUGACUACCUUGUUCACAAUGCUGCUCACACACAUAAACCCACUACUACAAUUGCCCAUCGCUUGUGUUAAUUUUUGAACACAGUGCGAAGUUUUAUUUUAUUUUAUAUCCUGCAAUUUGUUUGUUUGUUUACUGUCACCCCAUGGGGCUUUCUCAUUUUCGUUUCAUGUAGAUAUUUUUUAUUUCCUAUAAAGAAAAAGCAAACUGGGAUCCCGGUUUCUUCAUCUACUUUUUUGCUAUCUCUGACCAUCUCGAUCUACUUACGCUUUUUCACUUAUUUUAUGCAUUUCUUUUUAUAAAUGGUUCCAUGUAGGCAGGGUGGGGAAAGGUCAACUUUGUGUGUGAUGACUUUUCACAUUGAAAUGUAAAUAAUGCAUAUAUUGUGUAAAAAUAAGCAAAUAAAUUUUGUGUUGUUUUUACUUAUGCAUUGCUCUUUUUUGGAGUACAUUUUUGUGCAUGUAUAUGUAUGUACACAUGCUUUUCGUGUUCUAAUUACAGAACAAAAAGGAUAUUUUACCCAGCCUUUGUUUUCCUUUCUAAUUUAUCCUUGAAACAAUAAUCUAAUUAAGAAGAGUUUUUACAAAGAAGAAGAAUGUAACAACAUAAAUGAGUUCAAUUAGGAUUAUAAUUUUCAUUGGAAUCAUGAAUCGAUGUAAGUUAGAUCACCAUUGAAGACCUGGAAGCGCCGGUCACCCAUUUCAUUCUAGUAUAGGACCUCUCUACAGUGCAUAUUCAUGACCUCGCAACCAGGAAUCGAACCCAAGACUUUCAGUCUCGCGUGCAAACGCUUAAUUUGUAGACCGCUGAGCAAGGAUCCAAUAGUGUUAAAUGUGAUUGUUUAUCAUUUGUAUGUUAAUAAUAAUUUAUUUUGGAUGUUAAUCAUUAUCAGAUUAACAGUUAAUUUUGAUUGUUAACAUCUAUUAAAAUAUGCACUCAUUAUUAAAGGCUUGAAUCAUUUAAUAAAUUUUUGGGAAUAUAUAUAUGGAAACCACGUAUGACUAAUGAAUUCUUGACUAUAAUUAGUAUCACAGAUAUUAACUUCAAGAAAACUCUAGAUUUGUAUAAAAAGUGCUAAACAUUCACUAGUCAGUCAUCAUCAACAUAGAGCCUGGAGCAGACGUACGCUGGCCUAAGUCCUCAUAACACAUCAGGACGAAGCAAUAAAAUUGAUGAUACAUCUGGCAAAUAGAUCGAAAUAAUGUAGAAGCACAAAUAAGGUGAAUGAUUAAACAUUGG